UUGUGCCACUUCAAGUAUGGGAUUUUCUUCUUUUUUGGAGUUUGGGUUGCAAUAAUGACUACAUUUGUCUACUUCCUUUUGCCAGAGACGAAGAACUUGCCUAUUGAGAAGAUGGACAGAGUUUGGAGGGAACACUGGUUUUGGAAGAGAAUUGUUGGCACAGAAAAUAAUGUAGUGACCAUCAAAGAAGAGGAAGCUUGAAGAUAGUUGUCAUGAUCAAUUCAAGACAAGUGUUCUUUCUCAAUUUGGAGAUUUAAGGUUAUGCAGCAUAACUUAUGCUUAAUUGGAAACUGUAUAUUGGAUUUCUAAAUCAUAUGUACAUGUUACUAAGAAAUGAGGUUUUAGAAAAGACUACCCAAAUAUUGAUGUCUUUCCAGAAAAAUCUGAUUAAAGUAUGUUUCAUCAAACUAGUACUAGUACAUAAUAUGUUCAAAGUGUUGCUGCUCAAUUUAACUUUACCGCUUCCUUUCUUAUAACUGGUCUUACGUCAAUUCCCUUAAACAAAGUUAAAGACCGUCAAUCCAUUGAAUAUUUGCGACAAGAAAUGAAUCCGACAAAGCAAAUAAAAUAAACCACAGAAGAGGAAUAUUUUGGCUUCUAGUCCUUUAUUAAAGUGACAUAACUGUAAACAGCCUUAGACUCUUUGGAUCAAGACUUGACUUUUGCUCCUCCUUUGUAUCCAGGCCAUAAAGUUCUAUACCUAGUUUGAUACCAUAUCUAUUAGUUACUAUUAAUUAUGUCGUCGUCAUGGUUUUGACUGCUACUUUCACCUUUACCUCUUUUUGGAUUUGAGCAAUUUCGCUUGAAGUUGAGUAAACGAUGGACUCUUAGGGGACUAUGUAUAACGUGUAUAGCUACCGCUGACUCCUAUCUUAUGUGUAUAGGAGAACUUUUAAGAAUUUAAAUUGUAUAACGGGGCGAUUAAAUAUGUGAUAAUAGAGCUAUACACCGGGUUGCCUCGGUGUAUUCACCCAAGCUUUUGGUUAUGGAUGACGAAUAGGGAUUGUUAUUCUUCAAAGUCUUCAAUGCUUGGUGCAUAAUUGGCGAGUCAAGUUUCUUAAAUCGCUGCAAUCUUUGCUCAUAAAGUAGAACUUUGGUGCAAAACUCUUCAAUGGAUAGUUGGCUAGAAAAGUGUGUAAUGAUGCCAACCAAGGUGUCAUACUCUUUUCCAAGACCUAGUAAAACAUGAUCAAUGAAAUCCCGAGAAGCAACAGAUGCAUUAAUUGCUGCAAGAGAAUCAACUAUUUGUUUGGCAUUUCAAAGAUAUGUUGGGUCAUGGGUCUUUGUCCCUUCCUAUGUUGAUAAAAUGUAGCCCAAUUUAUUGGACCAGCUCACUUUCCCAUAGCCCAAUUAUAUGGGGCAUAUAUAUUGACCUUUUCAGGUCUUAUUCUGAACAUACACAGAAAAAACUUCUUCAGCCACACA